AUGCCAUCUUACAACAAGUCAGCUUCCUCCGACCCCAAGAAGACAGACUCUUCCUAUUCUCCCAACUGCGAUCUCCAGUCCAUAGUGGCCGAUCAAGACUCCUCUUCAAAGGCAGGGAAGCGGAAGACAAAGAAUGCUGUCAAACAGUCCGUGUAUAAACCCGACAAUGAAGACAAGUUCCAACCUGCCGAGCAAAUGGGCGUCCCGAAUCCCUCGAUCCUCAACCAACUGCAUGGUUUUCCUAACAAUAAGAACACCAGCGUAGACGCUCUUAGCGAUCUGACAUCAACCCAGAAGGUCUCUGAUGAAGCUACUCCCCCCACAGAUGUCUGGAGCAGAGCCCAUAGCUAUGGCAGAAGUCCCCCAGGCGAAGCUAUUCCCGGCUUGAGCAUUGGGGGCUCUCCAACUGUCGAACCUGGCUUUAGCAGUAGAGCCAAUCUAAACCUCAGAAGCCCCCCAGUCUCUCCUCCCUUGAGGAAGGCCAGGCCUGUGAGCUACGGGGGCGGCGUUCCACCAUUGCCCUCCCAUCCAAGAAUCUCCACCUCUCCCUACAGUUACAGCACAGGCGCUUACGGCUCCCCUCCAGCCCUGCCGCAUCUGCCUCAGCAACAUUUCUAUGGACCUCAAAAUAUUGAUCUAGGUCUCCCCCAUGCUACGGCUCAACAAAGGUUACCGGACCCAGUUGUCCUGCGAUUUUCUCCCGUUCCCGGAGGUAGGCUUGAGGCGAGAGAUGCAGCAUUGCUCGCCUUGGACGGGGGCCUGAGUGUGCUUAGCUACAAUGGCGACAGGAUGGAACAGGUGGGAGCUCUUCACGGCAUCCAAGGCACUAUUGCCGAUGCUACCUUUCUCACUUGGACUUCUGGUUAUGAUCCUUUUGCCGAAUAUCGCCCUUUGGUUGCUCUCACCGUCCAUGGUCUUGCGGAACCUGAAAAGGAUGCCCAACUACCACAAGAACGAGCCUAUUCCGGUGCCCCUGAAGGCCUUCAUGAAACCAGAGUCGUGGUGUAUUCUCUGGCCAAAGCCUCGCAAAUAGUUGAAUUGCUAAGAGUACCCUCGCAAAUGUCGGUGCAUCCUGGCGGUCAAUCUGCAACUGCUGUUGCCGCCAAUUUGACAGUCCAUGCAAGUGGCAAUUUCAUUGCUGUCACUUCUGGUCUUAGUGGCGAGCUCUACAUUUUCACCGUUCGAAAAGGCAAAGAGUCCGCUGUCUUUGAAUGCCUGGGCAAAUAUUGGACGACAAUCCAGCCACAGCUCCAGCGGAGAGAUUCCUCCCACAGCCGUGCCUCUGAUGCUGAAGUUUCUCCUGCUGACAUCGGUCGCGGUCCUGAAAUGGACGAUCUUCCCAUUGUCAGCCUGAAUGGGCGAUGGCUAGCAUACUGUCCUGCAAGAACGCCUUCUCGGUCAUCCAUAGGAGCAGUUCUUGGCGGUUUGGUGCUUCAUAACAAAAAUACACAUAUCAGUACUAGAACUGCUCCUUCCCGUCCGCUGAACAACUGCGAAGUCGACUCACCUGAUGUUGAUACCUUCUUAAGCAAGGUAGCAAAGGGCUUUGCCCAGGAAGCCGUAAAGGGAGCGAAAUGGAUCAGUGAAAAGGGAAUGCAAACGUGGCAGAACUAUUGGAAAAGAGACUCUCCCAGUCCAGGCCAGCCUGCAUCCAGCUCUUCAAGUCCACCCAUAUAUUCUCCACCUAUGGGUCUAGUUCAGUUUCCUCCAACUCACGCUGGCGACGCUCAGAAUGCUUCCAACGAACCCGAAAGCGUCACUAUCCUUGAUCUAAAACUUCUUCAAGAAAACCAAGGGAGGAAGAAUCUCGAAUUUACACAUAUGACUACCUUCCAGCCACCAGGUGGAUGCAGUUUUCUGUCAUUCAUGCCAACUGGUCUUGGAUUAAUGACUGCCAAUCGCAAAGGUGAUGUCCAGUAUAUCUGGGACUUGAUGCAAAUCAGAUACGUGAAGCUUGCCCACUUACCAACCGAUGGGGAAAGUGUCCGCGUGCGCCAGAUUGCUCGAUAUGAGCGGUUAAGCCCAUCCACAAUCAUUGAUAUUGCUUGGGAUGGAUUUACCGGUCAUCGAUUUGCGCUGCUUACCAAGAAUAAAACAGUCCACCUUUUCGACCUUCCUAACACCGCUUUCCAGUGGCCGCCACCGCGAACAAAGAAGCACCGUGCCGCUUCCGUACCAGUCGACCCGUCUCAUGCCAAACCCGAAACUGAAACCCCGCCUCAGGGCGGCUUCUUUGCAUCGGCCAUGAGCAUCGCCGGCCGUACACAACCGAUGUUUGCUAAUCUACGCGGAAGGGCCCCAAGUAUGGGUGGUAUUGGUGCAACUGGCAUCGGGCUCGCCUCCACGACGGGAAUAAAGGGUGGGCGGGCAGUGGCAGCCGGACUUAGCAAGUCCCUUGGAGCAGCCUCCGAGACCGUCACAAGUAUACGUCAUGCGAACCAAAGUAGAUUACACUUGAAAGCCAGUGCCCGACAAGGCACUCUCUUGUGGCAAAGACGUGACGGAAAAUCUGUUCUCUCAGUUCUUGACCCAUCAGCCAUCAAAAUCUAUUAUGUUCGAAUGACAAAGCCGAGAGAAAAUCGGCAGAGAGAGACGGUCUCUGUGUUUGAUGCUCGUAAGGCAGUGGCAAGCAAAUUCCCCCUUGCCAGCGAUCUAAUGGCGGAUGUUUUGGUUCUUCAAUCGACUCCUGUUGUGAAAAUGCAUGGAGAGAAUGACCAAAAUGAUGAAUCUCUUGUUUCAGGAUUCUGGAAAGUCCGAGCCAACAGAGAUGGGAACCAAAGAAUGCCACAUCCAUUGGCCUCGGCUGAAAUCGAGACGAACGCACCUUACCAGCCCUUUCAUUCUGAUCCUCGAGUUACAAUAUCCGUCCCUGCAAAUGAUCAACAGCUUCAAAACUUAAGUUCAUUACCUUCAAGCCGGCUUCCACUGCAGAGCUCCGAACAAGCAAGCACCACCCGUGUGAAGGAUAAAUGGGUUUUUGGUACUAAUAUUGGACAUAUGGAACGAUCAACCAUUCCCCCCACCUAUCCGUCUACCGAUCCUACUGGCUCGGUGAUUUAUCGUGAAACGAAGCUUGCCAUCGCUGGUAACCCAACCGAAGGGGCACCUUUCCAGAUUGCGGACGAGGGAGUCAGUCAUGUAGUGAGCAACACAAAGAAAAAGAAAAGGAAAGGCAAGGCUCAAGGGCUCAUUCUAGACGAGGAUCACGAUGUGAGUGGACAUGGUCCGCUCAAGCAAGACACUCAUGAUCCUGAUUUCGAUCUGUUAGAUCAGGACAAUCAAUCAUGA